AACUUCAUAAAAAAAAUAAAAAGAGUUGAAGCAGUAGAAGAGGUUAUAAAUGCAAUAUUCAAAGGAAUGGAAAAGGUAGCAAUUCAAGGUGUUCUUCGUUCAAACCACUCCAAAUUCCAGUCUCCGCAAGACUCCAACGUAAGAAACAUCGAAGAAAAAAACCACUAUUCCAUGGGCAUGGCUUCCAACGAAGCUUCACCGUUCGAGUCUCGCCAGAUGCUCGCCUCCUUCAUCUCUUCCACGCCGCUGCUCUCCGACUCAUGGCGACUCUGCAACCAGGCCAACGCCGCCCCCUUCCGCACCUUCGUGGCGGACCGUGUCGGCGCCUCCGUCUACGUCGCCUUCUCCGGCGUCCAGAUGCCCGGCGCCUCCGACCCCAACUGGAGGGACUUGGUGCCGCUCCACAGCAUCGGCGGCGUGCCCCUGUUUUCGCCGCGGCGGAGCAGGGAGGCGGAGGAGCCCGUCAUGGUUCACGCCGCCAUGCUCAAUCUCUUCCUCUCCCUUUUCAAUUCCUUCCAGAACCAGAUGUUGGAAAUAGUGGGAAACAAAGACACUAAAUCAGUUGUGAUCACUGGACAUUCCAUUGGAGGAGCCACUGCGUCUUUGUGCACUCUUUGGCUUCUGUCUUACCUACAGUCCAUCUCUUCUUCCUCUGUGUCGAUAUUGUGCAUCACUUUUGGGGCACCAUUGCUUGGGAACGAGGCCUUUUCUCAAAGCAUUUUCAGAGAAAGAUGGGGUGGCAACUUCUGCCACGUGGUGUCAAAGCAUGACAUAAUGCCAAGGUUGCUCUUUGCCCCCAUAACCUUUCUCACUACUCAGCUAAAUUCCCUGCUACAGUUUUGGCACUUUUCCAUGACCUCGGAAGAUUUUGGAAAGCUUGCAAAUCAGAUUUCAGAAAAAGAGAAAGCGAACUUGUUCAAUGCUGUGAUGGAUUACUUGGAAGCAGCAUCACAGGAGGAGGGAGAAACAUCUGUGCCUAUCUUGUUUCACCCUUUUGGGAACUACUUUUUUGUCACAGAAGAAGGAGCAGUGUGUGUGGAUAGUCCAUCUGCAAUCAUAAAGAUGAUGCACUUGAUGCUUGCAACUGGUUCUCCAGUUAGUAGCAUUGAAGACCACCUGAAGUAUGGAUACUAUGUUAAUAAAUUGUCUUCACAGACAUUGAAUCAGGAAAUUUCCAUGCAGAGGAACAUUCCUGACUCGAGCUAUGAAGCAGGGCUUGAAUUAGCCAUCCAGUCUUCUGGCAUUGCAAACCAGGAAUCAGCUAUUACAUCUGCCAAGGAAUGUCUGAAGAAAACAAGGAGAAUGGGCCCUUCACCGAAUCUGAAUGCAGCAACCCUAGCAGUUAGCUUAUCCAAGGUGGUACCUCUGAGAGCUCAAAUAGAAUGGUACAAGAAUUGGUGCGAAGAGCAAGACGACCAAAUUGGUUACUACGACUCGUUCAAAAGCAGGGACUCUUCCAGCUCCAAAAGAGACAUGAAAAUCAACAUUAACCGUUGCAAGCUUGCAAGGUUUUGGAACAACGUUAUUGACAUGUUGGAAAGAGGUGAGCUGCCUCAUGACUUUGACAAGAGAGCCAAAUGGGUCAAUGCUUCACACUUCUAUAAACUAUUGGUUGAGCCACUAGACAUUGCUGAGUAUUAUGGGAAAGGGAUGCAUAGAGCCAAGGGGCACCAUUACAUGCAGCACGGUAGAGAGAGAAGAUAUGAGAUUUUUGAUAGGUGGUGGAAGGACAGAACUGUUACUACUGCUGCAGAAGAAAACAAGGAGAGGAGCAAGUUUGCGAGUCUUACCCAAGAUUCAUGCUUUUGGGCUAGAGUGGAAGAAGCUAGGGACUGGUUGAAUUGUGUUAGAAGCGAGAGAGACGCUAACAAGUUGGCUCUUUUGUGGGAUAAAAUUGAAAACUUUGAGAAGUAUGCCAUGAAUUUAGUUGAAAAUAAAGAGGUUUCUUGUGAUGUUCUCUUUAAGAACUCAAGUUACAGUAUAUGGGUGGAGGAUUUAAGAGAACUGAAACAACUGAAAGUAAAGGUGCAAAGGCUUCCUCAUCAGUUUACUGGUUUUCUAGAUGGGGAAGUAGUUCCUUAGUAGGUGAUUUGGAAUCAAUAAGUUUGACUCUUGUAACUGUAAUAUGUAUAAGAACUGUGCUACCUUCUGCAAAAUAACUCGUUUUGCUGUUGAGUUAUGACUUUUUUUGUACCAUUAGGAUUUCACUUGAAUGCAUACAUGAGAACAGUGAUAAAGAGAAACAUUCAAAGGUUGAUGACGA